UGCGUCCCCACGUGUUCGGGACCUGUUUGGCCCUGCACUGCCCAGAUCCGGCGCUGCCGCUUGGCUCUGGGGUGGGUGGGAGAGAGCCCGGGGAGGAACCGCCGGAGCUGCCGGAGCCUUCCCUUGGGAGAACUCCCUUCUACAGGUUUCCAGUCAGACCGGGAAAUGGCACGGUGAACUCCAGCUAUACUUAGGUGAGCUCCAAAGCCAGAUAAUGGCCACAGUGCUGGAGCCCGAGGACCAGGAUCUCUGGGAGGAGGAGGGAAUCUUAAUGGUGAAGCUGGAAGAUGAUUCCACUUGGAGGCCCGAUCCGGACGAUGCUGUUCUCGAGACUUCUCAGAAUUUCCGGAGAUUCCGCUACCAAGAGGCGUCAGGGCCCCGGGAGGCCCUGAGCCGGCUCCGGGAGCUUUGCCAUCAGUGGCUGAGGCCGGAAAGGAGGACAAAGGAGCAGAUCCUGGACUUGCUGGUGCUGGAACAGUUUCUGACUGUUCUUCCUGGGGAACUGCAGAGCUGGGUGCGGGGGCAACGGCCAGAAAGUGGCGAAGAGGCUGUGACACUGGUGGAGGGUUUGCAGAAACAGCCCAGGAGACCAAGGCGGUGGGUGAGGAGGGGGAGUCCUGAGCUGUGUGAUUUGGAGGAGGAAAGCUUGAUGGUGACGGUCCAUGUGCAUGGCCAGGAAGUCCUCUCAGAGGAGACAUCAAGUCUGGGAGAAGACCUGGAGUCCCCAGUGGAACGGCCGGAGCCUGCGCACACCCCAUCCCUGGAGGAGUCCCAUGAGGAGUCGCAUGAGGAAGGGCCCCAGAGCCCAGAUCUGAGUGGGGAAGAGCAGAGCCAGUGCCACGAAGAGGAAGCCCAGCCCCUACAGGAGAGCGGCCUUCCUGUCCCCCAGGACCAUGUCCUUCCUGUGGAGGGAAACAAUGGAGACCAGGAGAUGGUUAACCUUCUUACAGCCAUAUCCCAGGGGCUCGCAACUUUUAAGGAUGUGACUCUGUCCUUCUCCCAGGAGCAGUGGGGUGAACUGGAUCCAACACAGAAAGAAUUCUAUGGAGAAUAUGUCUUACAGGAGGAUUGUGGAAUUGUAGUCUCACUAACAUUUCCAAUCCCCAGACUAGAUGAGGUCUCCCAGGUUGAAGAGGAAGAAGAAUCUUGGGUCCCUGAUUUGGAAUAUCCACCAGAUCCUGAAGAAACAGAGAUCCUGAGUUUUACCUAUACAGGUGAUAGGAGUGAGGAUGAGGAAGAGUUUCUUGAACAAGAAGAACUCAAUAUUGAAGACCUGCAAAGAACUAUUUUGGGAAGUCCAGAAAUUCCCCAGAAUAUUGAUUGGGAACUACUCUUUGAGGAUGAGCCAAGUAGCCCUAGUGAAAGAAUGAGUACGAGUUUUUCUCCAACACAUAAUUUCAUGAGCCUUCAAGAAAACUUACAAUUCCAUCCAUUAUUAGGAAGAUCUCAUGAGUGUCCUGUGUGCAGGAAAAACUUCAGUUGCAACUCUCAUCUUAUUAGGCAUCUCAGAACCCAUACAGGAGAGAAGCCUUAUAAAUGUCCUGACUGUGGGAAAAGUUAUACUCGUAGCUCACACCUUGUCAGACAUCAGAAGAUCCACAAGUUACAAGGACCAUUUACAUUUCCUCAUAACAGGGACAGAUUUGAUGAACUCUCUCAGUCAUUCCGACAUGAGAUAAUCCCACAAACUGAGAAACCUUAUAGAUGUGAAACAUGUGGGAAACACUUCCGCUGGACCUCAGACCUUGUCAGGCACCGUAGAACACAUACAGGAGAGAAACCCUUCUUCUGUAGCAUUUGUGGGAAAAGUUUUAGCCAGAAGUCUGUCCUCACAACGCACCAAAGAAUCCACCUGGGAGGUAAACCCUAUUUGUGUGGGGAAUGUGGGGAGGACUUCAGUGACCACAGGCGUUAUCUGGCUCACCGGAAAACCCAUUCAUCUGAGGAGCUCUACCUCUGUAACGAAUGUGGCAAGUGUUUCAGCCACAGCGCAGCAUUCGCCAAGCACCUACGAGGACAUGCAUCCGUGCGAUCCUGCAGGUGCAAUGAGUGUGGGAAAAGCUUUAGCCGGAGGGACCACCUUGUCAGGCACCAGAGGACACACACAGGCGAGAAGCCGUACACCUGCCCCACCUGUGGGAAAAGCUUCGGGAGAGGAUACCACUUGAUCAGGCAUCAGAGGACCCACUCAGAAAAAACUCUCUUACAGGACUCCAGUAUAGAGAGAGAUGCACUCAGAAAAGACUCCCAAGCAGAGGACGAGCUGUGAGAAAAGCCACCCUCUCACCUUGAAACUGGGGCCUCUUAAAGGGAAUCCCACUGGCCAGCCCAGACCUUGCCUCUCCUCCUUCUGCAUUCUCGUGCAAAUCCUCUCAAUCUUCUUUGUUGCAUUGAGGGGACAUUUUUUUCCUACUCUGCUACCCAGUAGGGCUUCUCCACUGAGGGAUUCUGUUUCCACCUCUUUGGGAUAAGUUAGGAGAGUGAGAGAGAGCUAAGGAGAUGUGGUUAAGACACCUUCCCAAGAGAGGCUGUGGUGUCUCUAAAGGUAUUUUGGCUUUCUUGAGUAAAAAGUGACACAAAUUGAGCCACAGGCUUUCUGGGCUUCUGCCUGGCAGUAAACAACCCUGACUAAGAGACAGGAGAUAUAGAGCCCUUUGACUUGGCCACAAAUUCACUGGAUAACCCUGGACAGACAGACCCCAUGUUCUUUCUGUGAUUCACUCACCACAUCUCAAAAAAGAGAACACUGUUGAUGCACUUUCCUUUGAUGGUACAGGGUGGAAUGGCAGAGAAUUCUGUUCUUACCAAACAGCACUCAAGGCUUAUUAAUGGAGGCCCUUUAUGGCUUCUCCCUUCCCACUUGCCAAGGUUGUAGUAAACAGUGCUGAGAUGGGGCUGAGCAGAAGGUCUCCUACCAAAGAUGGGGCCUCUCUUUCUGCUCAGGCUCUCUCUCUUGCUAUUCAUUCACACUCUUAGCUUCCUUCCUGUUCCACCAGGUUCUUCUGGUUCUGUCCCAGGAAAUACUUCUACUACUCAAGGUGAGGCGGGGAAAUAAGUAAGGCAAUUGGGAUUUAAAUUAAAAGAUGUAAUUUUCCCAUCCUUUCUCCUACCCCCUUUCUAGAUUUUAUGGGAAUUCAAGAGUAGUAACAGUUUAGAACGGUAUCAUGAUACUGCUGUCAUCUUGAAGAGAAUGUCAUAAUUCCAUGGGAAAUUCUACCAAGUGAAGAGCUAAGAGUGACCUUGCAAAAUCAAGAAAAAGUUAUCCCAGUCCAUACAAGUUGGAUGAGUUUCCUGCUGACACCUUGCUCUAUCCAUUUCUGCAUAGUAUAUUGUAUCUCAUAUCAGGAAAAGAUUUCAGCCAUUUUCCUCUUUCCUCAACUUCUCUAGCCAGCAUCUGAGAACAAAGAGAUCGUGUUAGGAGUGGUUGAUUUUAAUGCAUUUGUGAGCUUUUUUUCCCUUUUAUUUUGUGUUUAGCUCCAUUCUUGUGUCAGUGACAAAACAAUAGCAAUCUUUCAGUGCUCCCAAGAACCCUUGUUGCCUGAUGAGGGUUACCAUGGAAAUAAGGCAGGUUGCCAUGGCAACUCAGAGACCCAACUUGGUCUGUCUAAUGUGGGUGUGGUAGACAGGAGGAACUUUUUUCCUAUCUUUGGAACACAAAGUCUGGGCAUGAAAGCACAAAGGGGAAAAAGGUCCUUCUAUUCAGUGCCUGACUUACUCUGUCCUACUGUGCCAUCUGGUAGACUCUGUGCCCCAGCUGAUAUGGGUUGGUAAUGCCAGCUUCUCCAUCCAAAUGAAACACCUCUGUACCUGCUUCCCCUUAUAAAAGAACUUCCAUUUCAUUCAUCUCCCAA